UAGACAUAUCAGUCGGCGUGAUCAGCAGCUUACCCUCCUUUUCCAAGAUGUCGGUGUUCGGGCCAGUGGUGAAAAUUCAUCCCGUCGUUCUCGCGUCUAUCUGCGACUCUUACGAGCGAAGAAAUGAAGGAGCGAGUCGUGUGAUUGGGACCCUUUUGGGUACAAUUGACAAGCACUCUAUCGAGGUGACCAACUGCUUCUCUGUCCCUCACAAUGAGUCUGAAGAUGAGGUUGCUGUGGACAUGGAGUUUGCCAAGAACAUGUAUGAGCUUCACAAGAGGGUUUCUCCCACAGAGGUCAUCAUUGGAUGGUAUGCCACAGGCUUUGAUAUCACAGAACAUUCAGUGCUCAUCCACGAGUACUACAGCCGCGAGGCCUCCAAUCCCAUUCACCUGACUGUGGACACGGCACUGCAGAGCGGGAAAAUGAACAUCCGCGCCUACGUCAGUGCGCAGAUGGGUGUGCCAGGAAAGACAGUUGGUGUGAUGUUCACCCCACUGACUGUCAAGUAUGUGUACUAUGACACUGAGAGGAUAGGCGUGGACCUUCUACAGCGAACACGCGUGACUCCCAGUCGUACCAAGGGGCUGACCUCUGACCUGUCCCAGGUGGCUGGCUCUGCAGCCAGGAUACAGGACAUGUUGGCCACAGUGCUGGCAUACAUUGAGGAUGUGCUGUCUGGCAAGGUGACAGCAGACAACAGUGUGGGCCGUUUCCUGAUGGACCUGGUAAACAAAGUGCCCACCAUCUCAGCUGAGGACUUUGAGAACAUGCUCAAUUCCAACAUCAAUGACCUGUUGAUGGUGACCUACCUGUCCAACCUCACCCAAGCACAGAUUGCUCUCAAUGAGAAGCUGGUGCUGCUCUGAGAGGGUUUCUUUGAAGCCCUUCAUAUUUAAUUUUUGUACACUUUUUUUUUUUUCCUCCCCUUUUGGCUGAGAUGAAAAUAAAGAUGUCAAACAGUCACACAGUGUUCAUUCCCUGUGGUAAGACGGUAAUUAAAAAAUAAAGCUGCUCGGUUUGUCAAAAAUAGCUAAUGAAAAUUACAGGAAGGAUCAUACUGCUAAUUCAGUCUGAUUUUUAUAGCAUAUGUUCCCUUUCCGCUUGUUAGACAGCUUACAUUUACUGCUGUUAAUCCCUUGCACUGUAGAUGUCAUGAUGCUUGCUCUGCAAUGAUGGAUUUUUAAAAAGGCAGCCAAUCAUGUCUUAUCAUGGGCAUGUGGGGUUGUCCAUCCACCCAUGAAAUUUGAUUGGCCCUUCACCAAUGUAUGUUGACUAGAGUAAUUUAACACAUUUACUUAAGUACUUUUCUGAAGGACAAUUUCAAUUAUAGAGUAAAAGACGGAUAUAGCUUCAGGGUCAGAAAUACCUUAGCCCUUCAUUUUUUUCUAUGAUGCUAAGAUAUUUAACAUUACUCAGCAGUAGAUAUUAGUCAUCUCCAGAUGCAAGAUUAAAAUCAGUGCUGCUGUAGUAUAAUGUGAAGUUUUAAGUAUUGAGUACUUUAGGUGUGGUGUUAAAACCUUGGUAAAGUUAAGCAGGAUUAUGACUCUUCACCAGAGCUGACAUACAAACUGUUUUAACUUGUGCAGUGCUAUUACCAAAAUUAAAUAUAAUGCACUGUAUUUAUUUCAGAUUAAAUGUGAUUUCCUGUGGCCACACCACUGAAAAAUUCCUACAAAUACCCCUGUAUUGAUAAGCUUCAAUUAAAGUUUAUGAAUAUAAA